AUGGAUCAGAAACUUUCAGAGUUGGUGGAAGAGCUCACAACUUCAGGAGAGCCCCAAGUGAAUCCCGAGAAAAUGAAGGAGCUGAAGAAAAUUUGCAAGUCUUCAGAGGAGCAGCUUGGCCGCACCUACCGCCUGCUGAUGGCGCAGCUGAGCCAGGAGCACGCCGAGGUCCGCCUCUCCGCUUUCCAGGUCCUGGACCAGCUUUUUGCCAGGUCUCACCAUUUCAGGGUGCUGGUCGUUUCCAACUUCCAGGAGUUCCUGGGGCUCACACUGGGCACCGACCACGAGCGGCCCCUGCCGCCCCCCAGGGAGGUGGCACAGAAGCUGAGGCAGGCCGCCACCCGGGCCAUCCGCGGCUGGAACGAGAAGUAUGGAACAGCCUAUAAGAAGCUGGCCCUGGGCUUCCACUUCUUAACGCACAACAAACAGGUAGAUUUCCAAGAUGUGGAUGCUAGAACUCUGGCAGAGAGAAAGCGAGCAGAGGAGAAACAGAAGCGCUUGGACAGAAUCUACAAGGAGAGGUCUGAGCAGGCCGCGCGGGAGAUGGAAGAAAUGUCCGGGGAGAUCCGGAGCUGCCUAGUGGAGCUGGAGAGCUGUUUCCGACUGCUGGUGCCCUUUGACCUUGACCCGACCCCGGGGGCUGCCUGGCCCGCCAUGGCCGAGGAGGGUGGCAGGGACGAGGAGCAGCCCUGCUGCAGCAAGACCCUGGCCGCCUGCGCCCGCCGCCCAGGAGCCGCGGGUGCGGAGGGUCCGCCCGCAGAGGACAGGGACGAGGACAGCGACCCCGAAGGGUUUGUGCGGCACCACGGGCUGGGCUCCCGCGAGUACACGCUCGAGGUGGAGCUCUCCUCAGACAGCCUGAAGGUGCACGAGGAUGAGGACAACCUGGUCAUCAUCCAUGUGGUCCGGGACACGCUCAGGCUCAUCCAGAACAAGUUCCUGCCAGCCGUGUGCUCCUGGGUCCAGCUGUUCACCCGCGCAGGGACGCGCGGCAGGCACUUGGAGGGUGCUAUCGACCUGAAGGCUGAGCUGGAAACUGCCCUGAGGCGAUCUCGGGAGCUGGAUGUCAUGCCCGAGGAGGGCUGCAGGAGGGAGGCGGCAGCCCUGCGGGACGAGGCUGAGGACGACGAGGACUUUGUGGAGGUCCCGGAGAAGGAGGGCUAUGAGGCCUGCGUCCCUGAGCACCUGCAGCCUGAGUGUGGUGCCCAACUGGGUGGGGCUGGCAGGGGGCUGGAGAAAGACCCAGCCACGCUGGCUUCGCAGGCGAGGAAGAGGACAGGAAGCAGUGAGGAGGCCUGCGACCCCACCUCUGCGGCCGCCCAGCUGCACUGGCUCCAGCGCCACUUGCCCCCGGCCUCGCCCCCGAGCCCCAGGGUGCCACUGGGUCCAGAGGAGGCCAAGAAGCUGGCGGCAGAGCGGGCCCGGGCGCCUGUCGUGCCCUUCGGGGUGGACUUGUGCUACUGGGGCCGAGAGGAGCCGAUGGCCGGGAAGAUCCUCAAGUCCGACUCGGAGCACCGCUUCUGGAAGCCCCGCGAGGUGGACACAGAAGUAGAGAGCGCCGCUGUCUCUGAGUCUCUCCAGAGCCGCCAGAUCACCUUUGCGGGGCGAUUCGAGCCCGUGCAGCACCGGUGCCGUGCCCCCCGGCCCGAUGGCCGGCUCUGCGAGCGCCAAGACCGCCUGAAGUGCCCUUUCCACGGGAAGAUCAUCCCGAGAGAUGACACGGGACGGCCCCUCCAUCCGGAGGACAGGGCCUGCGAGCAGAAGCAGAAGCAGCAGCUGCAGAGGCCGGCGGGGCGCCCAGCCUGGCGGGACCCUGAGCUCAUGAGGGACGUGGAGGCAGCCACUGGGGUGCAUCUUGGCUCAUCCAGGCCCGGUGGGAAGGGCAGGCGGCGGCAGUCCGGCCUCACCGACCUCAAGCGGCAGGCGGACACAGCGCGUGCACGCAUCGCCAAGAAGGUCUUCGCCAAGGCCGCUGUGCAGAGGGUGGUCACAGCCAUGAACCAGAUGGACCAGAAGAAGCAUGAGAAGUUUGCAAACCAGUUUAACUACGCGCUGAAUUAG